UGCAGACUGGACGGGAAAGAAUGGCGGAAGGAAGUCGAGUGGGGAGUUCGGCCCAGGGAGUAUCAAAAAUGGAGGAGUUACAGAUGGAAAGUCCAAACCAAGCUUCACAUCAAGAUCUUAAAAGUCUCAGCAAGAUAUUAAAGAGUCAUUCAGUUCACCAGGACAUGAACAUCAUCUAACUUUACCUAUGGAGGGAGAAAUGUUUGUCUGUUCUGUCUGUGGGGAAGGAUUUCAAACAUCAAUGUGGCUGGGAAAGCACCAAGACACACACACUCGAAUGAGUAUGUUCCGGUGCACUGACUUUGAAAAGUGCUUUAACCAAUUACACAGCCUGAGAAAACAUCACACUGCUUUAGUGAGAAGAAGCCAUUUACUUGUUCUGAGUGUGGACAAGGCUUCAGGCAAUCAGCUAGCCUCAUGCGGCACCACUGUGGUCACACUCAGGAGCCACAAUAUCAAUGUGAGGACUGUGGAAGGGGAUUCAAUUAUUUGUCCAAACUGCAAACCCACCAGCAAGUUCACAUUAGAGAGAGACCAUUCGCCUGCUCCAUAUGUGGGAAAGGAUUCAGUGAAUCAUUUAGUCUCCAGAUGCACCAGCGGGUUCACACUGGAGAAAGGCCAUUAGGCUGCUUUGUGUGUGGAAAUAGUUUCACCCGGUCAGCCCACCUGCUGAGACACCAACGCGUUCACACUGGGGAGAGACCAUUCACUUGUUCCUCCAUCUUACUGGAACACCAGUGUGUUCACACUGAGGAAAGGCCCUAUCAAUGCUCAAUUUGUGGGAAGAACUUCAAAAGUUCCAACGAAGUGAAGGUCCAUAACCAGAUUCAUUCUGGACAUAAGCAAUUCAGCUGCUCUCACUGUGGAAAGAGUUUUGUACAAUCCUGCAACCUGAUGAAACACAAAAGAAUUCAUGCAGGGCACACACCCUUCAUCUGCUCAAUGUGUGGAAAGAGGUUUGUGGAGUCAGCCACACUUCUGAGACACCAUCGGGUUCACUCUGGGGAAAGACCUUUCACCUGCUCAGUCUGUAGGAAAGGAUUUAGUCAUUCAUCCUCCUUGCUGAAUCACCAGGGCAUUCACAGUGGGGAGAGGCCAUUUACCUGCUCCACCUGUGGGAAGGAAUUCAACCGGUCAUCAAACCUGCGAAGACACCAGCAAGUUCACAUGUGACUGCAGUGUGGAUUCUGCUGUAUGUUCAAGAUGGACUGUGUUGGGACUUGUUUUUGCUAAAGUAAAUUAGUUCUUAGAACGAGGCUGAAUUUUUAUAUUGUGUGCAGUCAUUUUAAACACACAUUUAGUCAAUGUUUGUUAUUUUUAAGAUAAAAUGAAAUAUAAUUGUUGCCUUUUUGGGGAUGUGUUGUCUCUUUGAAGACAGCCACUUUGAUUAUUCUCUAUUGAUUAGUGACACACAGAGGAAAUUUUAUAAUUAC